AUGGCGGAUCUCUUACCACCGCCUACGACCGAACAAGCCGAUGAGAAAUUGGCGUUUGUUGGAAAUGUUACUACUAGUGGUAGCCUAAGUGCGGGUGUCAAAGCCUUUAUAACUGAUAAGUUGAUUGUGAAGGCAAAGACUGAGCUGGAAAAUGCACGUUUGUCCAUGGCACUAGUCAAAUUUGAAUACCUGGCUCGAAACUAUAGAGCUCAGUUUAGCCUUGCGGAUAUUGGCCUAUAUGCAACAUAUUUCCAGCGUGUGACACCCCGUCUAUCUUUGGGUGGUCAUGUCUACAAUUUCGGUGUGUCUAAAGGCCCUAAACAGUGGGGUGUGGGUUAUACUGCAAGAUACGAGACCGAUGAUAAGAUGAUCGCCUCUGCUUUCGUUGAUAGCUCGGGUCUUGUAUGUAUGGACUAUGUUCAUAAGAUCUCAAAGAAGGUUUCACUCGUUACUGAUUUUGAAUACGAGUGCUUUUCAAGAUAUGUUGAAGCUAGUGUUGGGUGUGACUGCAAUUAUGGACAGUCUCGUGUCCAGGGGAAGAUUGAUUCAAACGGUGUUGUAUAUGCCCAUCUUACAAAAAAAAUAAAUAUGGGACUCGAGUAUCAACUAUCUGCCAGUUUGGAUCAUAUUAAAAAGGAUUACAAGCUUGGUUUGUGCUUAAAUUAUGGUUAA